AUGAACGUGAUGACGGAAGAGAGAGACGAGUACGCGCUAGAAGCGGAGGCGCGAAUGAAGGCUCCCCUCGAGUGGUACUCGUCGGCCAAAUGCAAGAUACUCGACCUGAAGGAGCCACAAUACGACGAAGCAUUACGUCUGAUCAAAGUCCACUUCUUUCGCGAGGAAGCCAUGUGCAAGGCAUCCUCGUUGCUGCAGGACCAAGCGUCCGUGAACGAUUACCUGGAGCUCGUAAGAACGUGGUUGAAGGACACGACGAGCCUGAUCGCCACCAGCGUUAAAUCUGGCCGUGUGAUUGGAGUAGCCGUCGCGCGAAUCAACAGCAGCCCUGAGAAAACUGACACUUACCAUCGUGUGCAGAUCAUCGAAGGAGCAACCUUGCGCAAGAUCAUGCAUUUGCUGAACACGUUGCUCAAGGGAACGAACGCGCACGAAACGUUCGGGCACGAGGAAUAUCUUUGCAUCUACGUUCUCUGCGUGCACCCGUCUUAUCAAGAGAAAGGCGUGGAAACUGCGCUUCUGAAUGCGUGCGUGCAACUAGCGGUGACCUUAAGAUUGCCAGCGAUCGGUGGUCUUUUCACCUGCGGUGCCAGCCAGGCAACAGCGCAGGUUACCGGCUUCAACCUUCUUUCGGAGAUCCGUUACAGCCAGUGGGUUAUCAACGAUCGAAUCGUGUUCGACGAUCCAGGAAAAGGGAACUACUCGGCCGCCUUCAUGGGCAAGUUGAUACCACCGGAAGAACGAUCGGACCAAUUGCAAGACAGAACGUCGUCCAUCGAUUCCGCACGCAAACAGGAAAGCUCGAUUUUAGUUUGGAAGUAGGAUCAUUCCGCGUGCAAGGUCAUAGUGGAACGUAGUACUCGCAAUUAUGAUGAAAUCAGAGUGCCGGAUUGCAUCGUUCCUCGGAAAUUAUUAUUGUUAGACGAUGACGCUCAAUUAAUAAUCCGAGAGGAUUAGACUGGAUGUUGCCAUUCUUUGCAACAAUCGAAAAGUAGCAGAAAUGAAUUAAGAAUCAUUGACGAUAUUAAUAAAUGAAACUUUUAUCAGUGUUGUGCAAUAAUAAUAUUACUGUGCAAGAUUUAGUAGCUUAAUGGGAUUGUAUUAAAAAUUCUGUAGUUUGCAAGUCCAGUGUUUCGAUCUAUCAGCUAGAAUUUCUACAUCUUCAUAUAUGCAUUUUGUAAGUUAAAUGAUAUAUAUAAAAAAAAAAUAGCUACGACUCCAAUUCUAAAAACGCAAUUAAAAGAAUUCGUAAAUUAAUCUUCUUAAUUAAUUUUUCUAACUUAAAUGAAAAUUCGUGAGAGUUGAAAUGUUAGCGCCACGUAGCGACGAAAUAGUAGAACUAAAAUCCAUUACGCUUUGACGUACAUUAUUGAGUUCCUUAUUUAUCACACCAUAUCUAUCUAUCUAUCCUCGUUAAAAAUUAAAUUCCUCUUUGUCUACGAAUGUACCGACAUCUAUUCAGUCUUAUAAAAAGUUACCAUGGAGAUACAAUAAAUUAUUAGUUACCAAGUUACAAACAAAUUUCCAAGAAGAUAUAUAACAGUAAGUAAGAAAUUAAUAAACAGUCGUCAGUCGUAAUUCAUCCAUUAAAUUCUGUAUCAUGUAAACGUUAAAAUAAAUUAUAAAAUUUUCAUUUGUAGUACGUUGA